CUCCAAACUCCACGCUCUAGAUCAGCUUCCAACAUCGCGAUCCGACCUCAGCUGCCGCCAGAACCACUACCACCACCAUCAGUCACUGUCGUCCUCGUCGUUAUCGCUGAAUUUCCUACGAUCGAGCGUCCCACACCAUGCUGUCAAGUCUUGGUAACCCGCGCCAGGCGGCGUCGCAGCUGCUCAACUUUGCACUCAUUCUCUCCACGGCGUUCAUGAUGUGGAAGGGCCUCUCUGUUGUUUCCGACUCUCCCAGCCCGAUCGUUGUCGUUCUCAGUGGCUCAAUGGAGCCUGCAUUUCAAAGAGGAGACCUCCUUUUCCUUUGGAACCGCAACCUCGUCCAAGAAACCGAAGUCGGCGAGAUUGUCGUCUAUGAAGUCAAGGGGAAAAAUAUACCUAUCGUCCACAGGGUGGUCCGGAAGUUCGGCGUAGGCCCCAAGGCAAAACUCUUGACUAAAGGCGACAACAAUCAAGGAAGCGACGAGGAGUUGUACGCAAAAGGCCAGGACUUCCUUGUGCGGAGUGACAUUAUUGGCAGCGUCGUCGCAUACAUUCCUUUCGUCGGCUACGUAACGAUUCUUCUCUCCGAAUACCCCUGGCUGAAGACGGCAAUGUUGGGUAUUAUGGGCUUGGUUGUAGUGCUGCAGAGGGAGUAGUAGAGGUUGCGGUUAUGUGUGGGCGAACAAUUGAUGCCUCAUUUCGACAUUGUUAGCUGCAUCGCUGCCGAGUUUGCGUGGCCGAGAUGCCGGAGACGUUCAAGGCAGAGCUGAUACCUAGCCAGUGGCUAAUCCGCUGGCUGCUGCUUGUUACUCAUGGCAGAUCAGCAGGACCUGGGUCGUUGAGCGUCGAUAUACAUGUUGCCGCCCCAAACGGGCACCAUUUGGCCCCCCCAGCUCUCGAUGGAUCGGAAGUUAUCCUUUCUGAAGCCCUGGUGAAGGCAAAGAUCCCCAAAGUUCUCCUGGUUUGCUGUAUUAUUCGGCGUACGUGGGAUGGCAUGGGAGGAGUAAUAGUGACGCCCAAAUCCCUCCUUCGUGCCAGCAAUCCAGUUCAGUGAGAUCGAUUGUGCGAUUAAUCGACUGCGUUUUCUUCGAUCCUGUGGUCGAAGAGCUUUGCUAGGUCUCACUCACAUUGCACUUUGCUGGGGGUAUGUCUUGUCUAGGCAGCCAGCGGCGCUGUUGACAGGGGGUUCCUGAAAGGCCCAUAUGAGGAAAAGUCCGAAGCCAAUGGCGAAGCCGUGAUCUUCGCCGCCAAAUGAUCUUAACC